UGCACCACCACACCUAGGAAGGCAUGGUCUUUGACAAAAUGCCUUGAUGUAAUGCUGGAAGGGUUAGGGCCAGCAUAGCCACAGAAAUGGUUAGGCUACCCGACUUAGCAAAUAGGAAUUUGGAGGGCGCUGAGAGGGAAGUGAGCAGAGGGAGGGGUCGAGAGGGGGUGCAAGGGAAGGAAGAGGGGGAGAAGGGCUGGCGGGAGUUCCUGAGGAGGACAGUAGCGGUACCUGGUGCCAGGUAUAGCGUCCGGCACAGGGUGAGCAGCUCCACCGGCCCCUCCGCCCCCUCCCACGAUCGCGGCCUUCGUAAAGCUGACAUUCACAGUUUUAGGUGGAAAUGCAAGCGGGGGGCUUAAUUUCAUAGUUUAUGGGGUACAGGACAGGCUCGGCCUAUUUGGAGGCAGAGCUUGGAGACGGGUCAGGAGAGCUGGAGCCCUCGAAGCAGGCCUUGGGCUCGUGAGUCUGAGGGAUCUUGUCCUGUCUGCCCUGUGCCAGCAGCCCUCGGGCGAAACCGCUGUGAGCUGCAGGAGUCAGGCCGCUCAGUCAGUCUUGGUUGUGGCAUGGAAAACCUCCUGGGAGGUUCUAGCUCAGCUCUCAAGGACGCUGCCUUAUCUGCCCUCCACAUCAGGUGAGCUCAGGGGGAAGCAGGCACGUGAGCACCAGCCCUCCCAGGGUGCCCUCUGCCCACCCCCACGUGCAUAACCCACCAGCAGGCGAGUGUCGUCCAGUGUGGCCAGCUCCUUCCUCGGCAGCAGCGCAGUAGAAGAGCUGCAGGUGGGGUUGGUGAGGCCUCCACUCUUGGAGGCCAGAGUUAGGCAGAGACAAGAGACCAGGGCGGACAGGCGGAGGCCGCUCAAGGAAAGAAGGGGACAGCCAAGGCACCAGGCACGAGGACAUGGAGCCGGGGCCGUGGAGCGGGGCCAACACGCUGCUGUGCCGGGUUUGGACGGCAGUCAGCAAGGCACUGUUUGCUGAGUUCCUGGCCACGGGGCUGUACGUGUUCUUCGGCGUGGGCUCCGUCCUGCGCUGGCCCUCGGCACUUCCCUCUGUGCUGCAGGUCGCCAUCACCUUCAACCUGGCCACGGCCACGGCGGUGCAGGUCACCUGGAAGACCAGCGGGGCCCACGCCAACCCCGCGGUGACGCUGGCCUUCCUCGUAGCCUCCCACAUCUCCCUGCCCCGGGCCGUGGCCUACAUAGCUGCCCAGCUGGCAGGGGCCACUGUGGGGGCUGCUCUGCUCUACGGGGUCACCCCAGGAGACGUCCGAGGGACCCUCGGGAUCAACGUGGUCCAGAACAGCACCUCGACUGGCCAGGCAGUGGCAGUGGAGCUGGUUCUGACCCUGCAGCUGGUGCUCUGUGUCUUUGCCUCCACGGACAGCCGUCAUACACUGGGUUCCCCGGCCGCCAUGAUUGGGACCUCCGUGGCGCUGGGCCACCUCAUUGGGAUCUACUUCACUGGCUGCUCCAUGAAUCCAGCCCGCUCCUUCGGUCCUGCAGUCAUCAUUGGCAAGUUCACAGUGCACUGGAUCUUCUGGGUAGGCCCCCUGACAGGGGCUGUCCUGGCUUCGCUGAUCUACAACUUUAUCCUGUUCCCUGACACCAAGACUCUGGCCCAGCGACUGGCCAUCCUCAUGGGCACCACUGAGGUGGAGAAAGUCACAGAGGUGGAGGUGGAGCCUGAGAAGAAAGACUCCCAGUCCAGUUCGGGGGAUACAGAAGUGAGUGUGUGAGCCGGCAUAGCCCGUGCAGGCAGGAGCCCUGAGGGUGGGCAUCGGCCUGCAGGACUGGACUCCUGGCUUUUCCGGUGAGGGGCCUGGGAGAGGGGACCGGGAGGCUCGGUUUCUUGUUCUAACAGUGUGGGCUGGGUUGGGAGGGCGCCAGUCCCUAUCCCUGGCAUUACAUUUCUUUCCUCUUUUUAAAAAUGAUAAUGGGGAUGGAAUCUAGAGCCUCACACUAGGCAAGUACAUCACCACUGAGCUACAUCUAACUUCUUUUUUUAUUCUGAGAUAAAGUACUGCCAAGUUGUACAGGCUGGCCUCAAGCUCACCACCCUUCUGCCUCAGCCUUCUGAGUAGUGGGGUUAUAGGCAUACCACAUGUGCCUGUCUUCUACAAUUAUAGGUAAAAUAAAUCUUACAGCAAGUC